CUCCCGACUUCGUUCUCUUCGUUCUCCUCCUGGUCACCUCGUUUGAUUCAGUGCACACACGCUUUCCUGCUAAUUGAGACGCAUUAUUAAAUAGAUAUUUUCAUUUGGGAUGAUGGACUCCCUCGAGGCCCGCUCUCGAGAUGUCCAGGAACGUACAUUCUGCAAAUGGCUUAAUACCCGACUGGAGUCUGCUGGAUACCCUCAGAUGACUUCUCUUGUGAACAUGUAGUUUCCGAAGGUAGUAAUGCUUCUUCGCUUGUGGGCAGGAAAUCAUGGGGGACACUUCUCUCGGUCGCUAUAACAAGAACCCCCGAAUGCGAGUACAGAAGGCCGAGAAUGUUACCAAGGCUCUUGAUUUCAUCCAAUCUCGAGGCGUACGUUUAACCAAUAUUGGCCCAGAAGACAUUAUCGACGGAAACCUGAAGCUCAUUCUGGGCAUGAUCUGGACUCUAAUUCUUCGGUUCACUAUUGCAGAUAUCAGUGAAGAAGGACUUUCUGCGAAAGAAGGUUUGCUUCUGUGGUGUCAACGCAAAACGCAACCGUACAAGGAGGUCAAUGUUCAGGACUUUUCGACAAGUUGGUCCGAUGGUCUUGCGCUAUGUGCACUGAUACAUUGUCAUCGUCCGGAUCUCAUCGACUAUGACAAGCUUGACAAGUCAGACCGCUAUCGGAACACGCAGUUGGCUUUUGACGUCGCCGCCGAGCAUCUCGGAAUUCCUCAACUUCUAGAAGUGGCGGAUCUCUGCGACUCUGCGCGCCCAGAUGAACGUAGUGUCAUGACUUAUAUUGCCAGUUUUUUCCAUGCAUUUUCUUCUAUGGACCAGGCUGAGACUGUUUCUCGACGAGUUGAGAAGUUCGCUGAACUCAUGCAAUCAGUGUGGCUCAGCAAGAACGAUUACGAACGACGUGUUCGAGCUCUCCUAUCAUCAGUCCUGGAAAUUCAAGCACUCUGGAGCGCCAUCAAGUUCACCGGUACAUACUCUGAUGCAAAAGAACAUGCCGCCAAUUUCCAAAAGUACAAACAGACUACGAAAAGAAAUUGGGUGACGGAGAAGCAAGACGUUACUACGCUUUUUGGCAAUGUACAAACAAAAUUGAGGACGUACGGAUUGAGGGAGUACGUUCCUCCUCUUGGGCUUGCGUUGGCUGAUUUGGAUGCUGCAUGGAACGCCUUGCUGGAGUCGGAGGCUCGACGAUUUAGGGCAAUUAAUGCACAAAUCCGGGAGAUCAAAGAGGACUUGCGAAAGAAGUUCGCAAACGUUGCGAACGACUUCGAAAGACGGCUUCGAGUCAUUUCAUCGGAACUCGCAGCAAUUGAAGGCCCACUGGAGGAACAACAAGACCAAGUCAAGCAAGUUCGCACUUCAAUACCAGAGAUGACCGAUAUGCUCCGAGUUGUGGAAGCGAUCGACGAGGAAUGUCAGGCUGCCAAUGUGGAAGAGAACGAUUACACUGUGUUUACUGUGCAGGACUUGGCAUUUGAGUUGGAGUUAGUUGUACAGAGUAUUUCGAAGAAGAUUGCUUUCAUCGAUAAUCAGAUCGUUUCGCGCAAUAUGACGAACCUGACGCCGGCACAACUCGAGCAAUUCGAAAGCACUUUCCGCUACUUCGACAAGGACGAGUCCAAUACGCUUGAGCAAUCGGAAAUGACUGCGGCGCUGGCUAGUCUUGGUAUCGUCUACUCGGACGAGGACAUGGAUAUUAUCUACGACCAGCUGGUACAAGACUACGGCGCAGUUGUAUUUGAAGCUUUCAUCAAUCUCUUGGUGGACAUCAUGGAGGAUCAGACAUCUCCGGCGCAGCUUCGUGAGUCUUUCAGGGGUAUUGCAGCAGACAAGCCCUUCGUCACGGAAUUGGACUUGCGCGUGGCACAUUUACCUCAAAAUGCGAUCGACUACUUACGUGAGGCGAUGCCCCUGAUUGAGAAUGGAGAAGGAGAGCCCGGAUUCGACUACGAAGCCUGGAUAGACGACGUAUUCGCUUAGACUUGUGUCACGUAGCUUUAUACCAUUUAGUAGCUGGUUGUAUAUGUACUGCUGUCCUCCAAGCCAACAUUCCAAUUGUGCGGCGUGUGUACUGAGGUUUCCGCC